CCGGCGAGAUGCAGUGCGGGUGGGCUGUGUGCAUGGAUGCACACUGACAGCAUUCAACAAGCCACACAAACCAACCGCAUCUCAGGAUGCCUCAAUCAAACCCUUUUUCGAAUGCUGUUGCCUUCAGAGUGGAGAUAAAAUAAUGAACGGGAGCCCUAUUGGGCAAGCCAUUCACCAUGGUAUGCAUGCGAGCCUGAGGGAUUCCCGUUCAGCAAACCGCCGACACAGUCAGAAGUCCGUCGCUGAGGACGCAAGCCGAUCAAACAUAAAAUAUCUCUUGCGUCUUUGCCUGACAUUGUCAAACUGUAUCUUCACUCGGAUCCCGUCUACAACCCUCUCUUCCCGCCCUUGCUUGCCCCGAGGCACCACCACUCCUUCAUCCGCCUACUCGAAGCCCUCACCAUGGAUACCCUUCCUCCAGUAGUAGGAGGCGAGGGACUUGCGAUGGGGACUCCGCAGAAUCAGCUUCUAGACUUGGUCUUUCCUGGGUUUUCAGUGUUCUCUUCUGCGGUAAAUCGAUACUUGCACAUCGACCUGAAUGUCUACAUCCCCUCGGUCCUUCUCAUCAGCGGCGUUGUUUUCGUAUGGCGCUACUUCAUCGACUACUUCUGGGACCUGGUUAGAUCCCAUCUCAUGUCCGUCGUGGAUUUGAGAUCUGAUGAUGAGCUGUGGAACUUCGUCAUGUCUUGGGUGGCCAGCCAGAGCUUCUCCCAGCGCUCUCGCCGUUUUGUGGCGAAUACAAACGUCAAUAGUCGUUCCUGGUACCUUUGGAGAAGUUUUGAAGACGACGAUGAGGGUGAAGACAGCGAAGAGAGCGGGUCGAUAGGUCUUAAGAAGAGAAAGGCCCUCGCCUACACCCCGACGUUUGGCAGCCACUGGUUCUUUUACAAAGGCCGCAUUCUCAUCUUCCGCCGGACCCAGAACCAGCAGCAGUCGGGGUUCAUGACGGCCAGCGAACGUGAGGAGAUUUCCAUUUCGUGCUUCGGGCGGAACCCCUGGAUUCUGAAGGAGUUGCUGCACGAGGCGAGGGAGCAGUUCCUCAAGAAAGACGAGGCCAAGACCCUUAUCUACAGAGGCACCACGAAGGCGGGCAGUUCCGAGCCUCAGUGGCAGCGAUGCAUGGCGCGGACGUCACGGCCCUUCUCAACCGUCAUCCUUAGCGAGAAGGUCAAGAAGGAGCUGAUCGACGACGUGACUGACUACCUCAAUCCGGCCACUCGGCGGUGGUACGCCAACCGCGGCAUUCCAUAUCGCCGUGGGUACUUGCUCUACGGGCCUCCGGGCACCGGAAAGUCCUCGCUCAGUCUGGCGCUGGCCGGAUUCUUCAAGAUGCGCAUCUACAUUGUCAGCCUCAGCUCCGUCACGGCAAACGAAGAGAACCUAGCCACGCUCUUCGCCGAGCUCCCGCGCCGCUGCGUCGUCCUGCUCGAGGACAUCGACACCGCCGGCCUGACACACACCCGUGAAGACGGCAGUCAAGCCACCGCGGCGGACCACACGACUGACGAGACAGCCGCCAACAGCCGCGCUCCCCGCGUUCCCGGAGCGCCCGCCCCGCCCAACCCCAACCCCCCCGGUCGCCUCUCCCUCUCCGGCCUACUCAACAUCCUCGACGGCGUCGCCUCGCAGGAAGGCCGCGUGCUGAUCAUGACCACCAACCACCUAGAAAAGCUCGAUAAGGCCCUCAUCCGCCCAGGCCGCGUCGACAUGAUCGUCAAGUUCGACCGCGCCGACCAAUCCAUGACCUCCCAGAUCUUCAAGGCCAUCUACGCGCCCCUCGAAGGCGACGAUGGCGCCCUCUCCUCCACCGCCACCAUAACGCCCGGGGAGGAACAGAAGCGCGCAGCGGCCGCUUCGCGCAAGAGGGAGGAGACGACGGCACGCGUGGACGAGCUGGCGGAGCAGUUCGCGGUCGCGAUCCCGGCGCACGAGUUCUCGCCGGCCGAGAUCCAAGGCUACCUGCUCAAGAACAAGCGGGACCCGGAGCGGGCCGUGGCGGGUGCCGAACAGUGGGUGAUUGAUGCGAGGAAGGAGAGGAAGGAGAAGGAACUGAAGGAGGCGGAGGAGAGGAGGAAGCAGGAGGAGGAGGAGAGGAAGGAGAGGGAGAAGAAGGAGAAGGAGGAGGAGGAGGAGAGGAGGAAGAAGGAGAAGAAACAAAAGAGGAAGGGGAAGAAAGCUGGUAGGAGGAAGAGUGCUAAGAAGGAGGGUGGGAGUGGGAGUGAGGAUGGGUCGGAAAGGUCUGAAGCGGAGAGCGACGAGUCGUCGUCGUCUGAAUCGGAGAAAGAGGAGAAGAAGGGCAACAACAAGAAGAGGAAGAACAAGAGUAAGGGUGCCGCUUCUCCUGCUGCGGUUCCCGCUUCGGCCCCUGACGCCGUUGCCGCCGCCCCUGUCCAGCUGAAAGAGGGCGACGCGUCCGAGGCCAAGGCGGAGGCUGCGGUCGCCUCGGCCAUCACGGUUGAUACCGUCAAGGCGAAGGAGGCUGCGGAGCUGCCUCAGCGGACCCCAGGCGCCGACUCGGGCUAUGGCACCCCGGCAUGAGGGGCACAGCCUUCUGGUGCCCCUGGUAAUCGGAUCAUGGGUGCGUCAUCAUCCAGUUGAUAGUUGGGACCGGAGGGUGUCUGGCUUCCGUCGGAUCGGCGGCGAUGAAGCAUGGAUCUGGAAAUCAUUGCAUCAACGGGCGUUCGGGAUCAGCAGGUUGGUAUGUGGUGAUAGAUUCUGAUGAUGAAUAACAGCCCCAUUAGAAAGUUUAUUGGCCACGUCACGUAUUGAACUGCCUU